AUCGCGUUUCCUCGUUCACCCGUCAUCAAAACAUGGCGGACUACCGAGAAGCGCCCUUGGCUUCUCGGCCAAAAACGUUGGACCCAAAUGAAUAUUUCAACCUUUCACCGGACAAGAGGCACGCGGAAGAGCAGCGGGCUGCACUACGAGCCAAGCUGAAGCUACAGUAUCAGACGCAGCUCAACAACCCGCACAGAAAAGAGCUCAUUGAAGACCCUGCUCUGACACGCUGGGUGUAUGCACGCGCCAACCCCUACCCGCACUUCAGGGCCACAUUCAAGACAUCUCUGUUGGGUACCAUGUUCGGAGUGGUUCCCCUCUUUGUCAUCUACUUCGUCUUCAAGACUGACAGGGAUAGGAAGGAGGCGCAGAUUCAGGCUGGAACCCUUGAUCGCAGGUUCAGUUUAUCUUCAUGAGCUCAGACAUGUGAGGACCUCCUGUAUGUCUUAGUGAUUAUGUUGCUACGUGUAAUUAUUAUUAACUAAAUAAAAUUAUUGUCCAAAAUAGA